UAAUAAUGGAAUAAAAUAAAAUAAAAUGGUGCAACAUAACUAGAUUUCUUGCUCCAUAUGCCGCCACGACUUUUCAUCCAACGAGAAAUUCGCGAUUUCUCCGAUGCACGAAAUUCCCUCUAGACACCCGUCAAUUCAGGACGGUGAUUCCUGUCUAGAAGUUCUGUCACAUUCCUGUCUACCGGAACCAAGACGUCCGAUUCCAGGAAAUUCCAGGGAGAUCAUGGGAAUUCAAAAUUUGCAUUCGUGGACAAAUUUCUCCAAAAAGGAUCGUUGGCAACCGCCGCUACAUGUGAUGCUCAUCUGUUUGCUUCUGUUUGUCAUGUGCCAGUCUGUGACAGCCAUCAAUUUAAAGCGAUGCGACAGCGCCCUGGGCAUGGCGGACAAGUCCAUCCCCGACCACCACAUCACCGCGUCCUCCUUCUACGACGCUGCCGUCAACGCCUUCUACGCCAGGGCCCACAUCGAGGUGGGGGGCGGGGCAUGGUGCCCCCGGGCCAUGAUAUACGACGAAGGGCUUGAGUACCUGGAGGUGAACCUGGUGAAGGUACACGUGGUGACCAAGGUGGAGGUGCAGGGUCGGUUUGGUAACGGCCAGGGGCGAGAGUACGCUGAGAAGUACAAGUUACAGUACUACAGGCCUGGUAUGGACCACUGGGUUACAUACAAGGAUGGACGUGACGGGCUGUUGUCGUACAGUAUGGAGGACGGCGAGAUGCGCGGCAGCGACGACAGCCUGCGCGACCUGACGUACGACGGCGCCCGGCGCGGCGACCGUCUCACCGGGGGACUUGGACAGCUCACCGACGGGGAGACUGGCCACACCAACUUCAGGGUGGACUUGGGGGGACGUGACAAGGGUUACGAGUGGGUUGGCUGGAAGAAUGACUCCAGGCCUGACGUCGAAUUCAUCGAAAUUAAUUUCGAGUUCGAUCAGCUAAGAAACUUCUCAGCAAUCCACAUCUACACGAGCAACCUCCUCUCGAAACAAGUUCAGAUUUUCUCACGCGCGGACGUGUACGUGAGUACGGACAACGAGACGUACGAGCGCGUGGAAGAGUUUGUACCAGAAGCGGACAGGAUCUUCGAGAACGCGCGGCCUGUGACCGUCAAACUGAACCGCGUCGUCGCUCAACGCAUCAAACUCGAGCUCUACUUCGCGCACAAGUGGAUCUUGAUCUCUGAGGUCACUUUUGAUUCUGUGCCAUGCCGUUGCGAGCUCACGCCUGCUCCAGCUUUUGAAACCAUCGCUCCUCAAGACAUGGCACCGUCCGACCACCCCAACUUCCAAGAGAAAGCCUCCAUCAUCGAACAGCCUGAGCCUCCCACCGAGUCCCCCAAGAAGCCAAACUACCAAAACUCGAAGCUUCUGAUCGGUUGCAUUGCCACCUUGGGAGUCAUCUUUGGGACGGUGCCGGUGUUCCUCGUGAUUAUGUAUUACAGGAACAAAGAUCUGAAGAAAGGGGCUAAGGCACAACAAUGUGGUGACUCUGCUGCUGAGAGGAAGAUCGUGCUUGAGGUGAGCGAAGGGCCGAUCACCCUCAGUAAUGGGUCCAUCGUGAGUGACUUUGCACACAACAAGAGCAGGUAUUAUGGUGACUUGGAAAUCUCUGAUGAGACCGCAGCAAUGUACCAAGAACCGUACAAAGGACCAAUGAACGGUCAAGGUUUCUACAGCAUUGGGCGUGGCACGAUCGCGUACGAAGAGCCUCUCGACAUGGGCCCUGACACCGAAGACUCUCUGGAUUACGCGGUGCCAGACGUAACCCUUACGUCAUCCAGAGGUCGGGAUUUGUGCAGAUUCUCACCAGUACCACAAUAUCCUUUCAUGAACGCCAUCAUGAACAUCCCUCCACCACCUAUUCCUCCACCCCCCGAAGAACCAUCACAUGCUCCCCCUCCAACGGACGUCCAAGGCGUUAUCGGCUCCGCGUACUGCGCUCUGCCAGAAUCAAAUGUGCACAAAGAAGAUCCUGCUGUGGUUGAGCUCUUCUCUCGUCAGAUAAAACUGCUGCAUGUUAUCGGUGAAAGUAAUUUCGGAUACGCGCAGCUUUGCGAACUCGAACCUAGUAAGUCUGCAAGUCGACAACAGUUGAAUUACACCAACGGCAUUCACGUAAUGAAGAAACUCAAGCCCAAAUCAUGCGACAUCACAAAAGAUAAGUUCAUGAAAGAGAUACAAAUUUUGAGUCAGUUGCACGAUGAUAAUAUUGCUCGCUUAGCGGGAGUUAUAGCUGAGAGUGAAGGCCCUGUGAUGGUGAUUCAGUUCUCAGAGUACGGUGACCUUUAUCAAUUUCUGCGGCGUCACGUGACCAGCGAUAUCGAUAUCCUGCCACCAGAUGUGGACUUAGAUGAAGUCAAGCACUUAUCCCGUGGGGCUUUAUUGCACAUGGCCGCUCAAGUGGCAGCUGGCAUGAAAUAUUUAGAAUCAAAAAGUAUCGUUCAUCGCGACCUGGCAGCGAGAAAUUGCCUUGUUGACCCCGGUCUUGCAAUCAAAAUAUCCGACGUGGCGCUUUGCAGAUCGAUAUACGCUGACGAUUAUUGCAGUAUAGAGGGACGGUCGCUGCUACCCGUGCGAUGGAUGGCUCCCGAAUCGCUCAUUCAUUCUUUGUACACAGUUAAAACGGACGUCUGGUCGUUCGGUGUAACCCUUUGGGAAAUAUUCACAAUGUGUCGUCAACGGCCCCUGGAAGAGCUCAACGACAGAGCGGCCGUGGAGCGCAUCUGCCAGACGUGUCACGUGGACGGUCAGCCGACACUGUUGCCGCAGCCUAGCGUCUAUGGCAGAGAGAUGUACCAAAUGUUGACCUCAUGUUGGGGCGCUGUUGACAGGCUCAGACCGCCUUUCUGGGAGAUACAUAUGUUCCUGAAGCGUAAAAAUAUGGGCUAUUCUGUCGACUAUUUCGACUAAAUUAAACCGCUUGUGAAUAUAUUAGGCGCUGGCCGCGAGCUGCUCGUUUUACGAGGUUCAUUUGAAAGCCAAGUGAGGCUUGCUUGGCUUCAUUAUCGUGAAAGUAAAAAUAUUAUUUUCUGCGCCUGUUUUGACAAGCAAUUUUACAAAAUUUAAGUAUUCGAUUAAGCUUUAUGCAUGCAUUAGAAUGCAUUUUUUGUUAAAUAAUUUGUGCUUGCUUU